GAACCACUAAAUAAAUUAGAUUGAAUGGACGUGAAAUUUGUGAUUCAUUGUCUUUAUAGAAAGUAGUCGUUUACGUGCAUAUGAAUACGUUAUAGUCUCAUAAAUUAAGUAGUAUCGAUGAUCCUAAUCGAUUCUAAAGGUGAAUUUAUUUUUACUGAAGGAUGAAAAAAAGGUAAGGUGGGGAUGAAGAAUUUUAUAAGUUGAGACCACCAAAAAAUCAGAAAAAGGCGUAAUAACCACCCAUCCUAUUUCCACUGUCGAAAGCAGCUUUCCCCCAAUAAAUAGUCCCCCAUUUUCCCCUCACUUUAUCAGCAGCAAUCUCGUGCACAUUUCACUGCUCAAAUCUCACACUCGUGUAUGUAUAGUUGUUGAUCAUAGCAAAACAGAGAGAGAAAUUGAAGGCCAAAUAUGGCAGCCUGCGGUGGCAUAGAACACAUCUUCGAGAAGCCAUUGUCGGAAGCUCCGAACUUUCUAGAAGCCCUGUCGCCAUGGAAGCACAUGAAAGCCUUGAACAUCGAUGACGACUCCUCCUUGACAGAAAUGUUCGGCGAAUUGCAUUUCAAGGAAAAUCACAGCAACCCUUGUCUCUCUCCUUCACCAUCAUCCAAUCUAGAGAGAGACAAGGGCUACUACCAGAGAAAGCGCAGCUCCUCCGACAGCCUCUCCCUCUGCACGGAGGGGCUGGGCUUCGAGAGCUUCGACGAUGUGGAGGAGACAUCGUCGGGCCUCUGCCAUGGAGAUGGAGACGGAGAUGGAGAGAGGACUGCUGUUGCGAGGAAUCAACGGAGCUCGGCGAGGGAGGCGGCGUUGCAGUUGCAGUUCCCGCCCCCGAUUUCGUGCAUAGGGCGGAGCGGGAAGCCGUGGGUGUGCUUCAAGGCGUAUAGGGAAGAUGGGAGGUUCAUUCUCAAGGAAAUUCGGAUUCCCACACAGGAAUUCUUGCAUGCAUGCCGCCACGACGGCCGCCUCCAGCUGCACUUCGUCCACUCCGACGACCACCAAGAUGUUGACGAAUGCAACUAGCUACACAAAUUUCAUUUCUUUUUUCUUUUCUCUGUAUACUUUCUUUAAAUAAAUUAAGAAGAUGGUGUAUAAUUAAUCUUAAAAAUAUGCACUACAGAUUGAAAUU